CUGGUUGUAAUGCAGGUGAAACUGGAGAUUGUGGUGCAACAAUUAAAAGCGCCAAAUGGUCUCCAGGAAAUCUCGAAAUCCAGGUUGUAACUCCUGAUUCAGCACCGCAAGCAUUCGGCCAUUUUACUUUUGCUGAUGACCAAAAACACGGGGGUAGAUUUCUUAAACGUCCUGUAUUUGUUAAUUGCCAGGAAUGUACAACGAUCAAUAAUUGUCAAAUUAAUCCAUUCACAUCUAAUUGGACAUUUGAUCCUAGCCAAACACCUCAAAAAGGGGUUUGGUUUGAUAUUUGGAUUUCAGUAUAUUGGUUCUGUACCAAAAAGCAUGGGAAAUCUGUCAGAUGUACUUCUGAAGAUAUACAAUUUCGAGAUAUUGUUCGCUAA